AUGUCUGCAGUCGAUGUCUCCAGUGCCGCUCCGGCCUCUGCUGGCCAGAACGGGGCUUCAGAUGCGCCUACCCAGAACGGCGCGCCCGCGAUCAAUACCAAUGUAGCGCCGUCUGAAGGCCCUAACGACAACGACAUCGCAACUCCUUUUUCUGCGACCCCCACUACGGCGCAGCACUCCGCCUCCCUCUAUGUCGGUGAGCUCGACCCCUCUGUCACGGAGGCCAUGCUCUUCGAGUUGUUCUCCUCCAUCGGUCAAGUCGCCUCCAUUCGUGUCUGUCGCGACGCCGUCACCCGCCGUUCCCUCGGAUAUGCCUAUGUCAACUACAACAACACCGCCGACGGAGAAAGAGCUUUGGAAGAUUUGAACUACACUAGCAUCAAGGGUCGUCCAUGCCGCAUCAUGUGGUCUCAACGUGAUCCUGCUCUUCGCAAGACUGGUCAAGGUAAUGUCUUCAUCAAGAAUUUGGAUGCGGCAAUCGACAACAAAGCGCUUCACGACACCUUUUCUCAAUUUGGCAACAUCCUCAGCUGCAAAGUCGCUCAAGAUGAGCUUGGAAAUUCGAAGGGCUAUGGCUUCGUUCACUACGAGACCGCCGAAGCGGCCAACCAAGCCAUCAAGUCUGUCAACGGCAUGUUGUUGAACGACAAAAAGGUCUUCGUUGGUCACCACAUCGCGAAGAGAGAUCGACAAAGCAAAUUCGAAGAAAUGAAGGCCAAUUUCACAAACGUCUACAUCAAGAACAUCGAGGAGUCUGUCACCGACGAAGAAUUCACCAAGCUCUUCGAGACCUAUGGAACCGUUUUGUCCGCCACCAUCACCCGCGACGAGAAUGGCAAGAGCCGGGGCUUUGGCUUCGUCAACUUCGCCAAUCACGAGUCGGCAUCCAAAGCUGUCGAGGAGCUCAACGACAAAGAAUUUCACGGCAAGACCCUGUACGUUGGACGUGCCCAGAAGAAACACGAACGUGAAGAAGAGCUCCGCAAGCAAUACGAGGCUGCUCGCAUGGAAAAAGCUUCUAAAUAUCAAGGUGUCAACUUGUACGUCAAGAAUUUAACCGAUGAUGUCGACGACGACAAGCUUCGCGAUCUUUUCAGCAGCUAUGGCACCAUCACAUCUGCCAAAGUCAUGCGUGAUACAGCUGAGCGUACCUCCUCUCCUACGGAUGAUAAGGACAGUGAGAACAAGAAAGAUGAUGAUGAUGAUGCCGAGAGUGGCGAGGAGCCAAAGCCUGAGACUGAGGGAGAUAGCAAGGACGAAUCCAAAGACGACACCAAAGACUCCAAGAAAGAUAGCAAAACCUCUCAGAAAGUCUUUGGCAAGAGCAAAGGCUUUGGCUUUGUCUGCUUCAGCAACCCGGAUGAGGCCUCCAAGGCCGUCUCUGAGAUGAAUCAAAAGAUGGUCAACGGCAAACCUCUCUAUGUUGCGCUGGCUCAGCGCAAGGAUGUUCGCAAGAAUCAGCUCGAGGCUAGCAUCCAAGCACGGAACACCCUUCGCCAACAGCAACAGGCCGCAGCUGCUGGCAUGCCGCAAGGCUACAUUCAGCCAACGGUCUUCUAUGGUCCAGGUCAACAAUUCCUUCCCCCCGGCGCUCAACGUGGGGGGAUGCCGUUCACAGGUCAACCGGGCAUGGUCAUUCCCGGUAUGCAAGGCGGCCGUGGGCAAUUCCCUGGUGGAUUCCCUCAACAAGGCCGUGGGAUGCCUCAAAGUCAACAACUUCCUCCCAACUUUAGUUUGCCUGGACAGAUGCCAUUCAUCCAGAAUCCCGCUCUUGUCAACGGCAUGUACAACAACCCUCAAGCCUUGGCCCAGAUGCAAACUCAGAUGGGCCGUGGUGCCGGUGGUCGUGGUCAGAUGCAAGGUAUGCAGGGUAUGCCUCCCAACAUGCAGAGCAUGGGUGGAAUGCGUGGCGGACCGAACUUCCCACAAGGCGGUGGAAGAGGCGGUGUGCAGAAUAUUCCAGGUGGCCAAGGUGUUGGUCGCGUGCCUCCCCAAGGUCGCGGCCAGAUGAUGCCCAGCAGAGAUGAUGUGACUACAUCAAGCAGCCUCAACAACCUCGCAUCAUUGCCCCCCAGCCAACAGAAGCAGAUGCUUGGUGAGGCCAUCUACCCCAAGAUCCAACAGAUUCAACCAGAACUUGCUGGCAAGAUUACUGGUAUGCUUUUGGAAAUGGACAAUUCCGAACUUCUUGCUUUGGUCGAUGAUGACACUGCCCUUCGCUCCAAGGUCGACGAGGCCCUCAGUGUCUACGAUGACUACAUGAAGAGCCGAGCCAAAGAUGGAGGCCCCAACGGCGCAAAUGAGGAGGAUACGUCGAGGGGCGACGGCGCUGAAGCGACUGCAUAG